AUGAUAUCCAAAGCUUCUGACUUCUCAGAACUGUUUAUUCUUUGGCCACAUUUCACUAAGAGCAGAAAGAAGGAAGAGGGAGGAGAGACCCAGCGCCCAGCAGUCAAGACGAAGAAACAAUCUUGGAGAGAUCACGUGAUUGCUCAAGACCAUUCAGCUUACAAGAGACAGAUGGGGAUUUUUCGGCCAGAAUGCGGUGAAAGACCCAUUUUUGAGAGAGGAGCUCAGUAUUCCAGAAUCAUAGGAGGGAUGGAGGCUGAGGUGGGUGAGUUUCCAUGGCAGGUGAGUAUUCAAGCAAGAAAUGAACAUUUCUGUGGUGGCGCCAUCAUCAGCGAGUGGUGGAUUGUCUCGGCGGCUCACUGCUUUCACUCUGAGAUCUCGCCGACAGAACUGAGAGUCAUGCUGGGAACGAAUAGCUUAAGCAGCCCAUCCCUGGAAAUAAAGGGGGUCACAAGCAUAAUUCUGCACAAGGACUUUCAAAAACUCAACAUGGACAAUGAUAUCUCCCUGCUGCUGUUGGACACGCCCAUCACAUUCAGCGAACUGAAAGAACCCAUCUGCAUGCCCACAGAGCCCGGCCUCUCCAGGUGGCACAAAUGCUGGGUGGCGGGAUGGGGGCAGACCCAAACUGGUCUCAAACAGCCUAUGGAAACAGAGCUGCUGAAAGUGCCCAUGACCAUCAUGGAUCGGGAGAAGUGUUUAAAGGAAUUUCCAAGACUUACCAAAAAUAUGCUGUGUGCUGGGUACGAGAAUGAGACCUACGAUGCUUGCCAGGGUGACAGCGGGGGUCCUCUCGUCUGUACCACAGAAUCUGGCAAGAAGUGGUACCAGGUGGGCAUCAUCAGCUGGGGAAAGAGUUGUGGACAGAAGAACAUUCCAGGAAUAUACACCUUGUUAGAAAACUACCACUCCUGGAUCAAGAAGGUGACUGAGUUAGAGGGAAGGCCCUUUAGUGCUGAGAAAAUGAAAGACUCUCCCAGACAAAAAUCAAAGAGCUCUCAGGCUUCAGAAUUUCCGGAGCCAGGCAGCCCCAGAUUCUGGCUGCUGCUCUGCCCUGCAUGGAGAAGUGGCCUCUCCACCCCCGCCCGUCCCAGGGUAUUAACCCUGUGUUACCUGCGGAAAGGACCUCUGAGCAGACUCAAGUCCCAGCAGCCCCUAAAGUGA